CAUGCGCUCCAGUCACGAGCAUAGGAAAGGGAAAUCAUUGUAAAUCCCAUUCAGUGCCUUGUGCAUCCUUUAACAAACCGGGGGGGAAAGAAAGACAGACGUGUGUUUUUUUUCCCUUUUCCUCAGCAUUUCGGCGCUGUCCUCUCUGUGCAGACUACAGACAGGCAUCGAUUGGCCGAGGUUCACCUGACUUUUCCCCCCAUCCACGGACAUUCAUUCAAAGCACCUCUCCACUGUGUCCACCAGCUUCAAACUAACGAGUUUUCAUAAGAAAUCACCGCGCAAGCUGCUGCGCUUCUGGACCGGAGAUCUGGAGAUGAAGACAGAUUUUACGCUUUUCUGUCGGACUUUGAUUGGAAUAGCAUAUGCCUCAGGUCUUGUGACUGGCUUUUCUAUGACUCCACCCAUCCUUGACAGCUCCAAAGACGACCUAGUGAUUCCAGUCCACGAAACACUCACCAUUACAUGCAGGGGACAGCACACUCUGGCCUGGGCCUGGCCUGAUCAGACUCUGGUGGGACAGGAACUAACUGACCGUCAGGCCCAGCUGCCGAGCACCAGGGCCCCUGGGCAGAGGGUCGCCUUGGUGAGCGAGUGUCCGGGGCAGCCUGGGAGGCCGUACUGCAAGAGGCUGAUCCUGAACAGGGCGCAGGCCAAAGACACGGGCCACUAUCGCUGCUAUUACAAGGAUGUCAAGGCCAUCAUUGUCGGCACCACUGCUGUCAGCGUUUAUGUCUUUGUCAGGGACCCUGAGCAGCCCUUCCUCAGGAGAGGCAGCUCUGAUAAUAAGCUGGGGACCAUUUUAGUCACCCGCUUUGCCACACACAUCACAGUGCCAUGCCUGGUCACAGUGCCGGAUCUGAACGUCACUCUCCUCGCGUAUCCUUCGACACUGGAGCCGAGCGGGAUGACAUGGGACAACAAGCGAGGCUGGUCCAUUCCCAGACAUAUCUUGGACAGUGCACCGAUGGUCAUCGGACUUGUAUGCACCGCCAAACUGGGAGGCAAAGACUACGAAUCCACCAACUACCUUAUCCAUCAAACAGGAAGUCAGGUUUACGAUGUCAAGCUGUUUCCUGAGGACCCUGAAGUCAAGCUGAUAGUGGGGGAGGCCCUCACCCUGAACUGCACAGCGUCGGUGGAGUUUGACGCUGGAGUGGACAUUCAGUGGUCUUACCCUCGUAAACAGCCGGACACUUUGGAGUACACUAAGCCCCACCGUGAAGCUCUGUCUCGUGCCACAGAGGCUGUUAGCAUCCUGACCAUCCACAGCGUCAACGUCUCAGACACUGGCGUAUACAGCUGCAACGUCACCACCAUGGACACAACACAAACCAAACAAACUCAGGUCACAGUUUAUGAAAAGCCAUUCAUCAGCCUCAACUACAGAUCCGGGCCGGUGGUGGAGGUAACUGCUGGCCAGAAGUCAUUUAAAUUACAAGUAAAUGUGUCUGCCUUCCCUACACCUGAAACACAAUGGUAUAAAGAUGGAAAACUGAUAAACCUGCGCCCAGAGUUCAAGAUGAAAAGGAUGAGGGUGCACCUAAACCACGCUUUGGAGAUUAAGGAUGCUUGUCAGGAGGAUUCUGGGCUCUACACGGCGGUGCUGAGGAACAGAGCCGCUGCACUGGAGAGGAGGCUCAACAUCACGCUAGUCGUCAAUGUUCCCCCACAGAUCCACGAGAAAGAGUUGGCAGAUCCAUCCAGUCCCUACCCCAGUGGUAGCAGCCAGACUCUAACAUGCACCGCCUAUGGACUCCCUGCUCCCAACAUCAUCUGGCAGUGGAGGGCUUGGGGCCCAUGUGUCCUUAACAGCACCCAGAGCAGACUGGUCAGACGAGACAGGAAGGGCCGGAGUGACAGGAUCGCAGACUGUCAGAACUGGCAGGACAUUAACUCGGAAAACAGCAUGAAUGAAAUUGAGUCCAUUGAAACGACGGUCGAAGUGGUGGAUGGCAGACAAAAGAUAGUGAGCAGGCUCCAGGUUGGCAACGCCAGUGUUUCCGUCAUGUACAAGUGCUCUGCUGAGAACAAAGUCGGCAAAGAUGAGCGACUGAUCUACUUCUAUGUAACCACCAUCCCUGAGGGGUUCAGUGUGGACGUUGAGCCCUCAGAGAAUCCCCCGGAGCAGGAGAGAGUGUCCCUGUGUUGCAGCGCUGACAAUUACACAUACGAGCAGCUGCAGUGGUACCGCCUCGACCCCCAGGCCCUGCAGGACGAGCAGGGCAAGCCCCAGAGGCUGGACUGCAGGAGCGUGCACCUCUACGCACGCACCCUUGACAGCCAGCUCUCCUUCCAGGACCACUCCAACAGCUGGGUCCUGGACUUCACCAUCCCGUCUAUACAGUUGCAGGAUGAGGGUCAUUAUGUGUGUGAGGCUCAGAACAGGCGGAGCGGAGAGAAGCAGUGCCUGUUCAAAUACAUCUCUGUGGAAGUCCCAGAGGCGCCUCGAUACAAGCUCAGCCUCACCAACCAGACAGUGAAUGUGACCGAGUCUCUGCGGAUGGAAUGUGACGUGGAGGGCAGACCAGUACCCCGCCUCUCCUGGUUCAAAGACAACCAGCCUCUCCACCAAAUGUCAGGGAUCCAGCUGCAGGACUCAAACCGCACACUGAGUAUCCAGCGUGUUACGGAGGAGGAUGCCGGGCUUUACACCUGCACCGCCUGCAACCAGCGUGGUUGUGUCCACUCCUCAGCCGCUGUCAGGGUCAUCGGUUCAAGUGACAAGGCCAAUGUGGAGAUUGUUAUCCUCAUCGGGACCGGAGUCAUCGCUGUUUUCUUCUGGGUCUUGCUCAUCCUCAUCUUCUGCAAUGUGAAGCGGGUUAACCCGGCAGACAUAAAGACGGGCUACCUGUCAAUCAUCAUGGACCCAGGGGAGGUUCCUCUGGAUGAGCAGUGUGAAUACUUGCCCUACGACUCGUCUCAGUGGGAGAUCUCCAGAGACAGACUCCGACUGGGAAAGGUUUUAGGUCACGGUGCCUUUGGAAAAGUAAUUGAGGCAUCAAUAUAUGGCAUCAGCAAGAGCAACAGUUUGGACACCGUGGCUGUCAAGAUGCUGAAGGAUGGAGCCACAGCCAGCGAGCAUAAGGCCUUGAUGUCAGAGCUGAAGAUCCUGAUUCACAUUGGAAACCAUCUGAAUGUGGUGAACCUGUUAGGAGCCUGCACCAAACCUAACGGUCCACUGAUGGUGAUCGUGGAAUACUGCAAGUAUGGGAAUCUGUCCAACUUCCUGCGAGCCAAGAGAGAGUUCUUCCUCCCGUACAGGGAUCGCUCUCCUAAAACUCAGAGCCAGGUGAGACGGAUGAUUGAGGCGGGUCAAAUGGACCAAAGAGCUCGCCAGCCGCCUUCUCCACCGUCCUCCACGCCCGCCAGUCCUCAGAGUCCAUCGUCCAACGCGCCCACUGAGUGUCCUGCUGUGGAGAAAUUGGAGGACUUGUGGAAAACCCCUCUGACGAUAGAAGAUCUCAUUUGCUACAGUUUCCAGGUGGCUCGUGGGAUGGAGUUCCUGGCCUCCAGGAAGUGUAUCCACAGAGACCUGGCAGCCCGGAACAUUCUCCUGUCAGAAAACAACAUUGUGAAGAUCUGUGACUUUGGCCUGGCCAGAGACAUAUACAAAGACCCCGACUACGUCAGGAAAGGCAAUGCUCGUCUGCCUUUAAAGUGGAUGGCUCCGGAGAGUAUCUUCGACAAAGUGUACACCAGCCAGAGUGACGUGUGGUCUUUUGGAGUUCUCCUCUGGGAAAUCUUCUCACUGGGUGCGUCUCCGUACCCGGGAGUACAGAUUGAUGAAGACUUUUGCAAACGAUUGAAAGAUGGCGUUAGGAUGAGGUCACCAGAGACUGCCUCCCCCGAAAUAUACGGCAUCAUGUUGGCCUGCUGGCAGGGUGAACCCAAAGAAAGACCCACCUUCCCUGCCCUGGUGCAGAUCCUGGGAGACCUGCUGCAGGACAACAGCCUACCUGAUGGGAAGGACUACAUCCCUCUGAACCACUCACAGAGCUCAGAGGAUGAUGGUUUCUCGCAGGCGUCAUCACGUCCUCCGUCUGAGGAGGAACUGAGACUGGCCUGCAACACUGUACCCACCAGAUAUUAUAACUGCGUGCCCUUUCCCGGCUGUGUGUUCGUGGGACCCUCCAAAGUAUACCAGCCCAGAGUGAAGACAUUUGACGAGUUGCCCUUAGAGAUGCACCCACAGAAAGCCCCUCAAGAUAACCAGACAGACAGCGGGAUGGUCCUGGCCUCCGAGGAAUUCGAACGAAUUGAACAUAAGCACAGGGGCGCUGUGGCAAAAAGUCGUAUGGGCAGCAGCAGUAGCACAGAGCCUCUUACGGCCUCCCACGGCUCCCUGGGUCGAAGCAGUGCCGCCUGCAGCUCCAGGCAUUGUCCCAACUUCUUCAGCCAGCUGUCAGGACAGACCUUCUACAACAACGAGUACGGACACCUGUCUGAGGAGGGCUUCUGCGACUUCUUCUCCUCGCCUGACCCCCCCUUCCUGGCCUCCUCCAAUGUGUAAUCAAACCAAAGAUGCAGCCUGAGAGAACGGAGAGGGUUAAAAAAAAAAAAAGUGAGACAGCUCUGGUCAAAGGCUUUAAUAACAUCCAGUAGUGACAUGUAACUAGUCAUUUAUUAAUCUGUGUGACCGGAGCUCACCUCCACUCAUCUCUUCCUCUCUCCUCUCUGGCUGCUGCCUCAACAAACGGACUGAGCUAUAUGUGCCUGAAGUUCCUCUAACCAGCCACUGGGUGGCAGCAUUAUGACAAAAACAAGUAUUUUCUAUUCACAUUUAUAUUUUUAUCUUUUAUAUACAGAGUAUUCUUCCUUCAUUUGUACAAAUUAUGACUCAUAGGGGAAGAAAUAAAGAAAUUUAUCUUCUUCCUGCUCUUCUCUCUCUGAUUAAAAUGAAGUAAAAGCUGUCAUUAUUCCAGUAAAGUACAGGUUUUAAGUGCAAAUUUGCAUUUGUCAUGCUGUGAUGAAUUACUGGUCCACACGCUCUGUGAUGAUCCACAUAAUGGGCCAAUCGAAAGGAAAAUGAACAGAUAUUUGUGGAUCUGUGUCACUUAGUGGAGGUGGAGAUGGUUGGUUACGUGACACCGUGAACAAGGAAUAAGUGACGGAGGUAAACAGAGGGAUGUAGGGCGAAUAAAAAAGGAGUGAGUCACACUAAGCACCUCUUAUCAGAGCUGGACGUAAGCAUGAUGACAGCUGUGACAGCGUAACACCCUCUUAUGGGCUCACAUCACAAAUGACAACCUGCUGGGUGUUGACUUUGGCUGCCAGCUGAAGGAAAUGAGCAGCGUCUAGGUGCAAAGUCCAUUUCAUAAACACACAAUUAUGGCUACGGGAGCUUAUAGGUAAUGUUUCGAAAUCAGAGGUGCAAAGGUUCCAUUUUCACUUUCUGCGAAUUAUUGUUGAUAAGGGUACCCGCAGAAACUCAGGUAACCUGUCAGUUUCAAGAGUAAAAUGGAUCAAGCGGGCACAUUUAAGUGAAAUACUAGUCAUUUGAACCAGUAACUCAUUUCUUUCUUACUUCACAUUACAACCUGACCUCCAUAUUUGACCACUUUAGGUUUUCUUAUAAAAUCAGCAGAUUUUUUUUUUACUUUUUCAGGCCAGAAAUAUAAAAUAUUUCUCUGUUAAACCUCAAGUUAUUAGGCAAGUGAUCUUUUUGAGAUCUGUAAACCAAAUCCUACAAGAACGGAUUAAAAAUGAG